AUAAGAAUUUUUAUUAAGUUUUAAAAUGUUACCUAUUACAAGCGCAACUUUAGAUACAUUUUGUCAUGUUUGUAUGCAGGAUAGUAAAAGAAAAUGUGAUUUAUUAGAUAUCAAUCAAGAAACCAAUCAUCUGCGAAUAUUUCGGAAAAUAUGCAAUUUUAAAACACACAGUGCUUAUCCAAAUAAGAUCUGUAACAGCUGUGCUGUAAGAGUGCAAAUAUUUUAUGAAUUUCAACAAAGGUCCUUAUGUAGCAGCAUGAAUUUGUCUCAAAAAGUUUAGAUUUAAAAAGCCUAAAAUUGGAAGUGGUGAAACUGUAUACCCUAAUACAAUCGAUGACUGCGUUGGUAUUAAAAUGGAAAAAGUUGUAAAAGGAACAUAUUAUGAUAGUUGUAUAUAUCCAAAAAAUAUUUGUUUGCGCUGUAAAGCAAAAUUGCAAAAUUUUGCUGAGUUUAAGAAUAUAGCAUGUGAGUCUUUAAAUUAUCUAGAAAACAUUGUGGAAACUGCGAGUGAUAAUAAUAAAUUACAUCGGGAUAAAAACUUAUCAAAGGUUUCACAACUGUUUCUGGGAAUUUUUGCGGAGCAAUUACCAUCAUUACCAAGUAAAGAAUCUAAUUCAAACCAAGUCGAUAGUUACCAAAAUGAAAAUAGUAACUGCACUGACGAAGGAAUUAUGCCUGUGGAAAAAUAUUUAUCAGUUGCAUCUAUUGAACAAAACGACAAAACAAACUACGAAAAUCUUGAAAAAGGUUUAGAUAAAAAACAUCUGAAUGAAAAAUUCUUAACUAAACAAAUAAAUAAACAUAAAAAUGCACUUGAUAUAAAUUGUUUAACCAAAAAUGUACACAAAAACAAUAUUUGUGAUGAAAAUGACAAGAAAUUGAGACUGGAAAAGACUAGUCAAAAAACUAAAAAAUCCUUCAAAUGCGAAGAAUGUGCUAAAAUAUUUCGAAGCAAUUUAAAGUAUGAAGCACAUAUAAAUUUUGAACAUAAAAGUGCAAAUAAACCGUAUAUGUGUGAAUAUUGUCAAAAUUCAUACAGUUUAUAUAAUAGUUUAAUUCGACACACAAAAAAUAUACAUACUCACGCAGAUUCUAGAAAACGACCAAAUGAAAAAGAUUACAUAUGCGAACUAUGUGCAAAGAUAUUUAAGAGAAUAUACAAUUUAAAUGAUCAUAUUAUGGCUAUACAUCAAGGACUGCGUCCUUAUAAAUGCCCACAAUGUGAUAAAACAUUUAGUGCACGUAAAACAUUAAAAGUACAUGAAUUAACCCAUUCAGAUCAAAAACAAUUUUCAUGUAAAUUUUGUAAUAAAACAUUUCGACAAGCAACUCUUCUAAAGUAUCAUAUAGAGCAACAUAUAACAAGUCCGGAACUGCUUUGUCCUAUAUGUAAACGAGCAAGAAAAAGUUUGGAGGAUUUAAAAAUACACUUAGAAGAACAUCAGAAAAAAAUGAGACAUUUAUGCACAAAAUGUGGCAAACUGUUUAAUAAAAAAUCGAAUAUGCUGGCACACAUAAAAAGAAUACAUUUAAAAUGA